UGAUUGAUUAAAUUGACAGAACUUGCUCCCAGGCCAUAUAAAGAUGAUGGCUGACAGAAAUACCGAGGUUGCUCUCUUUGCUCCGACAGAUUCAAGAGUUCCGAGAAUGAAGGUUCCAAUAAGUCAGUGUCCACCCAACUUUCUCCAGCGACCAAAAGAUUUCGAAAAUACGCUCUUCAUCGCAAGACUGGAAACCUGGGAGACCACUAACUCAGCAACGGGUUCAAUUAUCCGGAGUUUGGGGCUCGACAGUGAUAUCAACGCCCGGACCGAGGGUCUUCUUCUGGAGUACAAUCUUGAGUACGAAGAGUUCCCGGAAUCUGUACUCAAUGACCUCCCGGAGAAUCAUAAGAACUGGUCUAUACCGGACUCUGAGAUACAACUUAGACGGGAUUUUAGGAACGAAUGCGUAUUUACGAUUGAUCCUCUGACUGCUAGGGAUCUGGAUGACGCAUUGUCAGUGACGCAGGAAAAGGACGGGAAUUAUCGUGUCGGCGUACAUAUUGCAGAUGUUGCGUAUUUUGUACGCGAAGGAACGGAUUUGGACGGUGCAGCAGCUAGUCGCACAACAAGCACAUAUCUUGUACAAAAGGUGGUGCCUAUGCUACCCCGACCUUUGUGUGAAAACCUCUGCUCCCUUAACCCCGGAGAGGACAGGCUGACCUACACGGUAGAGUGGACGAUUAACGAGGACGGAGAAAUCCAAUCUGAAUGGUUCGGACGAACGGUAAUUCGUAGCUGCGUCAAACUUGCGUACGAGCAUGCGCAAUCUAUGAUUGAUUGUCCAGAAAGAAAGGAUUGGACUACAGAGGAACUUCCAAGCAUUGAUCCUCGUUAUACCAGCGGUGUUAUUUCUGAGAAAGUGAAUAUGCUGCAGAAACUAGCGGUUAAAAUUAGGAAACGUCGUGAGAAGAAUGGAUACUUGAAGUUGAACCAACCUAAGCUCUGCUUCAGCCUGAACCCUGAGACAGGACUACCCGAUGGAUUCAGGCUCCAUGAGCACAGACACUCAAACAAACUCAUCGAGGAGUUCAUGCUGCUAGCAAACAUGGCUGUCGCUCGGAAGAUAUUCUCUAGUUUCCCCGAACUUUCAGUCUUGAGACGACAUCCUCCCCCGAAGAAGGAAAUGCUGCAGAAGACUCUAGAGAUGAUGAAGGGAUUAGGAGUUGAUAUUGUUUCAAGUUCAGCUGCGCAGCUCGGAGCUAGUAUAGCAAGGGUUGAUGAUUGCCCGUUGAAAGCUGCUGUUGUCACGUGUUUGAUCUCGAAACCCAUGGAACUUGCCAAAUACUUUUGCACAGGAACAAUUGAUGAACCGGACUUUCAUCAUUAUGCGCUUAAUGUUCCUUACUAUACUCACUUUACUUCUCCUAUUAGAAGAUAUCCAGAUAUCCUGGUCCACAGGCUAUUGGACCACGCUGUACGCGGAACAACACCGAGCUGGGACAGUUCCACCACCCAGAUGCAGUGUAACCUCUGUAACGACAAGAGGUUGGCCGCUAAGCGAGCUGGAGAACAGAGUGCAGAACUCUUUCUAGGACUAUUUGUAGCAGAGUGUGGUCCCAUCUCACAGGUUGGAUGUGUAGUAGGGAUACUAGACCAUGCUGUAGAUGUACUCCUGGUCAACCUGGGUGUAGUCAAGAGAGUGUACAUGGACAGGAUGGAGAUAAAGAGCUUCAAGACACGCAGGAUUAAUGCGAUCAACUACUUGGACCUAGAGUGGAAGAACGGGAGCAAGCAAACACUGACAACAUUUUCCCGCGUUGAACUCUCUUUGAGGAAAGCUGAGAAAGCUUUCGAGUAUCUGGCGGUCAUUGAGUUUACAGAAGAUUCUAAUGAAGUGGUGAACAUCGAUUAGUUUUUAAUUAUUUAAUUAAUUGUUAUUUUGCACGAUUUUUGACAAAAUUUCUUAUGAACUUUGAAUUUUAGUUUAAAUGAUUUCUUAUGUUAUAAAUAUAAAAUACUUGCUAUUGUAUUUCUUUUUUCAUGCAAAAUUUGGCGAUAUUCUUCACUUGAAUUAGUGGAUUUCAUAUUUUUUUUUAAGUUUCAUGAAUGAAUAUGUUUAGUCUAACCUUCAUCUGUGAUAAAAUCAAAAUUUGUAUUUUUUCAGA